AUGCAUUGUAGUGAUGUAUUAUCCUUCACAAUAUAUGCACAUUGUUUAUUAGAGAAGAAUGUUUGCGCGCCCGUACAUGACCGCUCGCUGAUAUCAGUUACUAACCGUAGUUUUCUAUUCAUUGUUGUGAACUCUUUUGUUCGUGUUGUUAAUGUUUAUGAAAACAUUUUUCCACCUGUUGCAGCUUUGAAUAUUUUUCAUAUAAAAAUACAGUUUUUUGAUGGGAAUUGGAUUAUUCGAUCUAGAGGAGACCUGCCUGUCUUCAUACUAGUGUCCACCCACGGCCGUCACGGUUGCGUCUCUAUUGGCGGCAUGUCCUAG